AUGGUCCCCACAGUGAGGGAGAACCGGACACCGGGGUUUAACACCCUUUCGCCCAAUUCCAUGCUAAUCCACGCGCCGGUCGGUGCGCUAGAUCUCUCCCUCUACAACUACCAUCCAACGCCGCAACGGGUGCAUCCGUGUUCGAGUCAGCAGGUCAUCUCGGAUGAGUUGGAGGAGGGAUCAUGCGGGCAACCACAAAAGCAGCAGGCCCCCGUGGCCGGUGACGGUGCCGGCUCUAGGGGGCCAAAAAUGAAGAGAUUCAAGGGACCGAGGAGGAGCAAUCUGUUGGAGAAAUUUAUUGCUCUGUUGGAAGAUAAGAGGAUAAUGGAAGACAGUGAGGAUGCUCAUCAGUUAGAGGACCUAAAAAUGCCACGUCUUAGAAACGUCCUUAACAUCAUAUUCAUCACAGCGGGAGUGUGCUUCCUACUGGCGGUUGUUAUCGUCAUUCUCUACACCACCUUUGCAAGCUCCCGUUUACGCGUGACAGUGGAGGUCUUUGAUGGCAUCGGUGCGAGUUCAUUUUCGACUGUCCUUAUAAUCGUAAAAAUGAAACUGUUUAUUGACCAUGGCUUUGUUGGUCUUUUGAUUUUCCACAUACUCUACUUUCAACGUCGAUUUUGCAAUUUUAAUAGAACUGCUCUGGGAUUCAAUUUGACCAAACUUUGA